CUUGAGGUUUGAGAGGAAGCUACCAGUCGGUGGCUGGAAGACCAAUUGGGGAUCAGGAUCGAGUAGGCGCAUUCUUUUCGCUCUGCCGACUAUGUUGCCAUCCAAUUUGGUCGCUCGACGUCUCGUACCUUUCGCUCUUCCGUCUUUGCCAUCAGCACCGCUUCCUUCUCCGAGGAAUUCACUCUGCUAAUGUGAAAAUCUACCAAUUUGCCUAGUUUUUGGAUGCCUCACUUUCUGAAGGAUGGAUGAAUGUCAGUUGUUAAGAAUACCAAAUCAGAAUUCCUACAUUUUUCCUGGUUGGAGAAAAAAGAUACAGUGGAUGAGCUUAUUUUCAACAACUUUCUCAACCUGCAUGCAGGAGGCACAUCUUUGGUGUGUAAAACCUGAUGAGCUGAAGGAUGCUUCCUUAUUGCAAGAGUAUAUGAAAAUUCUCUCUCCAUGUGAAAAGGAAAAUGUUUUAUCUGUAAAAGGAGAAGUGCUGCAAAAAUGUGCUCUGCUUUCUCGUGUACUUGUCAGAACUACACUUGCAAGAUAUACUGAUUAUCGAAUCAAUCCAAGAUCAUUCAAGUUCAAGAAGAAUAGAUUUGGAAAGCCUGAGGUAGAAUGGCAACAUAAUGAUGUCAGUUUUCUGCCAUCAUUGCAAUUCAAUGUUUCACAUACAUCCUCCUUGAUUGCAUGUGGCAUUACAGUAAAUGAUCCUAUUGGAAUUGAUGUUGAAGAAAAACAACGGAGACCAAAUGCCGAUGUUCUAUCUCUAGCUAGCCGUUAUUUUUCUCCUCCUGAAGUUCAAUAUUUGAAAUCUCUGGUGGACUCUGAUAGUCAGAAAAUUGAAUUUAUUAAACUCUGGACCCUUAAAGAAGCCUAUGUUAAAGCCCUCGGGAGGGGAUUUUCUGGUGCACCCUUUCGGAAAUUUACUAUCCGGUUUGAAACAAGAGGAGACCUUGUUUCUGAGAAGCUGAAAACUGGAGAAUUCAGAAUAGCUGUGGAACCAGUUUCUGAUCAUGAAACCCUGACUGCAAACUGGCAGUUUGCGUUGGCUGAAAUCACCGGGUCACACUUCGCUGCAAUUUGUAUGGGAAUUGAUGAAAACGACACAGGUAAAGAGCAUGAUUUACUCAAACUAAAAGUUUGGAAGACUCUCCCUUACAUGGAAGAUGAAUGUUUAUCAGACUCAGAGGCAGUCAUAAAAAUUAGUGGAUUGUCUUGAUCAUCGUUGUCGUCUGACUACGGCGCCGUCUUCUCCUCUGUUCCCCUGCUGAGCUCAAGAAAAUUCUUUUUCCCUCCACAUCAUCCUCGACACUAUGAUGCUGACAAACUCCAAAAGCUCUCCAUCCUCCUUGCCAUCCUUUUUCCAGGUAGUAAGGCGGGAUCUCUAUCUUAAAGGUUCCUUUGCCCGAAUCAGAUGAGGGCGGCGGCAGAGGGUCUCUGGCAGCGGCGGAGAGGGUGGUUGAUUAAAUGAUACAUCAAUAAAUUAAAUGUGGUUAAUUAAAUAAAUAAAAGCAAACGAAAUGUGUCAGAAAAAAUUCAAUUAUAAUUUUGCACUAUUCAUUCCUGAAUGCAA